UUUGCAGGGAUAAGCAGCCUGCCUGAGGCCAAGGGUAUAUAAAAUCUCCAAGCCGGGAGCAGCUGUCACAGAAGUCCACUGGUUCUUGAGAAGAUGGCUUCUCAUCACCUACUCCUCUUGUGCCUCACUGGACUGGUGUUUGUGUCUGAGGCUAACCCUGUGGGCUCAGGAGUCCCCAAGUGUCCUCUAAUGGUCAAAGUUCUGGAUGCUGUGCAAGGCAAACCAGCUGUCAAUGUGGCUGUGCGAGUGUUCAAAAAGGCUGCUGAUGAGACCUGGGAGCCCUUUGCCUCUGGGGAAACCAGUGCUACUGGAGAGCUCCAUGGGCUCACAACCAAUGAGAAGUUUGUAGAAGGGGUGUACAAAGUGGAACUAGACACCAAAGCCUACUGGAAGUCAUUUGGCAUCGCUCCAUUCCAUGAAUACGCAGAGGUGGUGUUCACAGCCAAUGACUCGGGCCGCCGCCGCUACACCAUCGCUGCUCUGCUCAGUCCCUUCUCUUACUCCACCACGGCCCUCGUCAGCAACCCCCAGGAAUGAGAGGCCUGGAUCAGGGGGCACAGUAGUGUUUGCAACCAACAAUGUUCCAUUUUUACAAAGGCAGUGUUUCCACAUGAUAAGCUAUGUCAGUUUCUCAGACAGAGCCAAUAAA